CCACAAAACCAAUGUCGAGGCACAGGGCACAGAUGACCUGCUUGGUCUUCUGAUGUUAAAGGCUGCUCGCCUCUGGUGGGAUGGAAAAUUGGAUAGUAAAUUGGAUAAUAAAUUGGGUAAACGAAUUGACCGCAAACGUGCUGUGGAUUGGAAGAAUAGACAAGUAACACGUGAAAUAUGUUCUGGUCCUUCAGUUAAUAUUCAAAAUUCGACAUUCUCCGGAAAUAUUGAGACUAUCAAUGAUAAAACCACGAGUUGUGUAUCAUCAAUGAAAAGAAAGCAAAAAGAUCGAGAGGAGGAAGACCAGGACACGAUAAAACAACAGCGAACAAGAGGCGGAAGAAAUAUACCAGAUUAUCAGGAAUUUUUUGAAGAAGCAACCGACGGGGAUGAAAGUUCCUUUCAAGAAAAUGAAGAGGAAACAAAUGAAAAGGGAUUGGACAUCGAUUUUUUUGAAGAUCUUUUAAAAGAGAAUAAUGAGAAUGAACCUGUUCGAGAUGAUGUG